GCGCCGGGCUCGGAGAGGUGGGAGGGAGGAAUUUCAGCUAACGGGAGGGAUGCUGAUGGCUGCUCAGUGCCUGCUAUCAUCACCGAAAACUCACACCUGUAACGCAAACCCGCACGGAGACCACUGAACCAUGGACCCUCUGAGCGUCUUCGUGUGGCUGUUAGUAGCUUGUGAAGGCCAUAGUCAAAUCCAGGCUUUAGUCGACUCUACACAGAAGGCUGUGUCUCAUACGGGCGUGGUCACCAUCGUCUCUCGCUCGCAUGCGGACCGGAACGUCUACCCUUCAGCUGGAGUGCUGUUUGUCCAUGUCCUGGAGAGGGAAUACUUUAAAGGGGAAUUUCCUCCUUAUCCAAAGCUAGGGGAUACCAGCAAUGACCCAAUCACCUUUAAUACCAACCUGAAGGGUUAUCCAGACAGGCCCGGGUGGCUGCGCUACAUCCAGCGAACUGCACACAGUGAUGGAGUCCUUUACGGCUCCCCCACUGCGGAGCACGCGGGCAAACCAACCAUCAUCGAGAUUACUGCCUAUAACAGACGCACUUUCGAAACAGCAAGGCACAAUUUGGUCAUUAACAUCAUGGGUACAGAAGAAUUCCCCUUGCCGUAUCAGGCCGAGUUUUACAUUAAAAACAUGAAUGUAGAGGAGAUGCUAGCCAGUGAGGUACUGGGAGACUUCCUGGGUGCUGUGAAGAACGUCUGGCAGCCUGAGAGGCUCAAUGCCAUUAACAUCACUUCAGCGCUAGACCGGGGUGGACGUGUGCCCCUGCCUAUCAACAACCUGAAAGAGGGCGUGUAUGUGAUGGUGGGAGCAGACGUGCCGUUCUCAUCAUGCCUGCGUGAGGUGGAGAGUCCUCAGAACCAGCUGCGCUGCAGUCAGGAGAUGGAGCCAGUCAUCAGCUGUGACAAGAAGUUCAGAGCUCAAUUCCACAUCGACUGGUGCAAAAUCUCUUUGGUGGAUAUUACUAAAGUCAUCCCUGUGCACAACAGCCGUCCGGAACCGGGAACUGGAGUGCUGCCAGACGUCGGCGACUACAAUCCGCCCUCUGAGUCACUGAAAAGUAAAGACUAUUUUGCUGACUUCCUGGUCACAUUGGCUGUGCCGUCUGCUGUUGCUCUGGUUCUCUUCGUCAUCCUGGGUUAUUCGAUGUGCUGUCGGCGAGAAGGAGUGCGAAAAAGAAACAUGCAAACACCAGACAUCCAGCUGGUGCACCACAGCUCCAUUCAGAAGUCAACAAAGGAGCUGCGCAGCAUGUCAAAGAACAGGGAGAUCUCCUGGCCUCUCUCCACGCUGCCUGUGUUCAACCCUGUGAGUGGAGAGGUGGUGCCACCAAUCCACCCAGAAAACUACGAGACUACCAGCAUGCCACUCAUGCAGACCCAGACAAAUCUUCAAAAUCAAAUGCAGAUACCACAGCAGCAGCCUUCGGGAGAUAAUUACAGUUUGUCAACAUUUCGAAGGCUGGAGGUAAAUGGUAUUCCUGAAGACAGGAAAGUGGCUGAAGCGCUGAAUUUAUGAGGAGAUCUCUCAUCACUCGCAGCUUCCUGUGCCUGUGUAAUGUGUGUUUCCACAUUGUGCCAAAUCUGCAUAUGCUAUAGCUCUGUGAUCCUGUGCAGCACCACCGAGAUGUAGUCCAAGCAGCAGCUGAGCUAAUGAUGGCUACGCUCACAUGACCAUAUCUGAACUAUUUAAAUAUCUGAAGGUAUUUUGAGGUAAUUGUC